CCGUUCCUAUUUCAAUCUCUCGAUUUAUACAUUUUAUUUUCUUAAUCUUCCCAUCUGAAAGUUAUCAAAGUUUCAUUUACAUAGAGAAAAGGUUGUGCUUAUCUGUAUCAAUGGAUUCAACGAAUAAUCGUGGAGACGAGACAGAGAGGCGUCAAUGUAAGCCAGUUUUUGACGAAGCUUCCAUGUCGAAAAGGCCUUUCAAGAAGAUUCGUAGCCCUGAACGAGAAACCGCUUUUCAAUUCUCAUCUUUUUUACCUCAUCCGUCUUCUUCAUCAAAUGCUCCUAUGUCAUCUUCGAGUCUGGCUUUACCCUUUCCUUUUGAUGCAUCUCAACGAUAUGGGAACAAUCCAACUCUCGUGCCGACAUUCCGCCCGUCACCUCAAAAUCCGCAACACGGUGUUGUUUAUCACCCGAUUUUCUCGGGAGAAUCGUCUCUAUCGCCUCAGCGACAGCAGCAGCAACUCGUUCAGUACUGGAGUAAUGUGUCGAAUUUGAGUCCGAGACGGAGGCUGAUGAUGAUGAGCAGAUUGGGGCAGCAAGAUAGGACUGGGAGACAGUUGUUUAGGCCUCCGGUGCAACCGAUAAGUGCUACAAAGCUUUACCGGGGAGUGAGACAGAGGCAUUGGGGUAAGUGGGUAGCCGAAAUUCGUCUUCCGAAAAACAGGACCCGUCUUUGGCUCGGCACAUUCGACACGGCCGAAGAUGCCGCCUUAGCAUACGAUCGUGAAGCAUUCAAGUUGAGAGGAGAGAAUGCAAAGCUCAAUUUCCCCGAGCUUUUCCUCAAUAAGGAUAAAGCUACGAUGACAUCCCCGAGUUCACCGAUUUCAAGCCAGGACCAGAAUCUGCAGCCUCCAGAAACGGAAACGUUAAAACCACAGGCAGCAGAGCCUGAAGAAGAAAUUGUCGACACCGAUUCGGGGAUGACGACGGAGAGUUCGGGAGCUAGGGAAUGCGUAUCGGGUUCUCAGGAAAUGGAGUGGGGAGCCAUGGCAGAGGCGUGGUUGAAUGCGAUUCCAGCAGGCUGGGGACCUGGUAGUCCAGUGUGGGAUGAUUUAGACACCACAAACAAUCUUCUUUUCCCCUCAAAUCUUCCUUUCACCGAUCAAAAUCAGCAGCAACAACACAACUCAACUCCCCCUUCUUCAGCUUCUUGUCCAAUGAAACCCUUCUUUUGGAAAGAUGAAGAUUAGGAGAUAGCUGCAGCCCCACCAUGAUUCAUAUAUUCCCAGUAACCACGUGCAAAAAGGUUGCGUAUUUUUUCUGGCCUUUUAGCAGUGACAAAACUCAUUGAAGAUUUAGGUCUUGCACGGUUGCACCAUUUUUUGUUUUAUUGUUGUCUGCUAGUAAUAUAUCAGUAGGUAGGGUCAUCUUUGAUUUCGUAAUGCUGCAGGUUUUAGUUCCAAUUUGAGUUGAGGAGACAGUUUGGUGAUCUCCUU